CUCUACGCCUGGUCGCAGAAACUCAACACCAGCUGCAAGAUGAUGCGAUUAAGCUGCCUGCUCACUUGCUGCCUGCUCGGCGCGAUGCUGCUCGUGUUGCCUGCCACUGGAUACCCCAGCCCCAACAACUACUUCCGCGAAGAUGGAUAUGAGCCCGAAGAGAUCUUGAGCUUGCUCAACCGGCUCAACGACAUCAUCCAGAUGGAACGGAAACUGGAAACCUAUAAACAGGACAUUUCUAGGACUUUGAUGACUGCAACGAAUGCCAUCCCAAAGACAAUGCUGCCAGUCUACGAAGAAGAAAGUCCAAAGAAAGUGAUGCCAGUCAACGACGAGGAAAUAUCUAAUGAGAAACGCGACCUCGACAUGGGCUUAAACCGUGGCUUCUCCGGAGCUGUUCAGGCCAAGCACCUCAUAGGAAUGACUGCAUCUAGAUUUGCCGGAGGACCUGGAAGGAGGCGACGUGCUGCCCACUAAAAACUAAAAACUAAAGCUAAAAUAACCAAAAAAAACUAAAGUAAAGUAAUUUUAUGUCGCCGUCACCUCUAAAUGCUUUAAAACGUAAAGUUUAGACUAUGCUUAAUAUUUCCAAUAUUCAAUGUUGAAUCAAAAAAUGUAAUCCGUCAAUCUAAUAUGCAUUGUAAAUGUCGUAUUCCAAUCGGCCUACGAAAACAUUCUUUAUAGAGCUAAUUUUUGAAUCGUCAAAAAUUUUAGUAAAAUUUUAACAGAAAUAUUCUUAACAUAAUUUACUGUAUUUUUGUUAAUAAAAAAAAAUUAUUACUUACUUACCAAUAAAUAAAAUCAAACUUUAAAAUCAAUAUUUUUUGACGAUUGAAUAAUCAGCUUUUCACUGUGUUUUAUAAAACGAUUCUAGUCAUUGUAUCAUAGUAAUUUUUAGUUAGUCACUAUACCAAAAAGAGAAAUUGUGAUGAAUAAUAGAAAUUUUUCAAAAAUACAUUCCAAAGGAUCAAGUUGAUCUCUAAUUUUACACUAAACUGAUUAUACAUUCCAUACUUAUUGUAUUAAAGAAAAUUUAAAAAAACUAUCAUUACAUUAAAUUUUAACUUUAAACCAUGUUAAUAAAUUUAUUGUUGGUUUUUCCGUAAAAAAUACUUUCAUUUCUAUUUUUGUUAUUAUGUCAAAGAGCACAAACUAUAGAAAAAUUUAACUAUUUUUACUCGGCCAAUAUUAACUGCUUUAAACCAUCAUCAACUACUUUACACACGUUCGACUUUGUAUUGUAUAACAUCUCUAACGUCUAUAUCUAAGUUAUCAGUAUAGAACUAAUUACUGAAAUUGCUAUUGUAAUAUCAAUCUCAAAUUUGUAUUGUUUAACAUCUUACAUCAGUAUCAGUAUUGGAACAAUCAAUUCAACUUAGUAUUGUAUAACAUCUGAGACAUCAAUAUCUACUUAUUUCAUUAACCAACUGUCUCCGUAAUACUAUUUGUUUGACUAAAUACCUUCUGAAAUUUGUAUUGUAAUAUCGAUUUUAUACUGUAUAACAUCUUAGACAUCUGUAUUGAUACAAUUAACUUUUCAACUUAGUGUUAUAUAACAUCUGAGAUAUUAAAUAUCAAACUCAUCAACUCUUCAACUUUGUAUCAUCAUCAGUAUUUCCUAAUCAGUAUUAAAUACCUCUACAAAUCUUUGACCUUCUCUUAUACCUACUUCUCUAUGCCAAAAUAACUUGAUUGAAAUGUUUGAACGCUUAAAAUUUUUAGAUACCCUACUUUUUAUAAAAACUCGGCUGUAAGUAGUAGUAUUGUUACUCUUCUAGAAUACCUACGUCUCCUAAAUUAUACUAAAAGUGACGAAAAUCUAGUCUAUUUGUAAUUAAAUACCUCCUGUCUAGAGAUUAUUGUUAAUAAUAAAGAGAUAUACAU